AAUAAACAAGAACCUAUGCUUACUAUUCUUAAUAUGAAAGAUUUAGAUCGUUGUUCAGCAUCUACGGUAUCUUUAAGCGUAGGAGAAGCUCUUAGUAAAAAUUUAUUAAAUCUAGAUACAAAUACUACGAAUCUUCCAAGUGGAUUUAGAGCGAGUGAAAUGCCAGAUAAAGUCGAACAAUGGAUUAAUGAAUUGCAAAUAGCAGCUGAACAUCCUGACGAAGUCUUUGUAGAAGAGAUGCUAUUAGCUCAUGAAGCUUUAUCUACAGAUGA